AUGUAUGAAAUUGACAACCGAAAAGACGACAGCCAGUUGCCCCUGGCCUCGAAAAUUAAAUCCUUUUUUUGGGGCAAGUCGCCCAAAUCUGCCAAGGAAAGAAGACUUUUGCUAAAGAUCGAUUGUUUGGUUCUGUCGUAUGUUUGCCUCAAUUACUGGAUUAAUUACGUGGACAGAACCAAUGUUUCCAAUGCGUACGUCUCGGGAAUGAAGCAAGAUCUCAAAAUGACAGGUAACGAUUUCAACGUGAUUAACACCUGUUUUACCGUUGGAUACAUCGUGGGGAUGAUCCCAAAUAAUUUGAUGUUAUUGACCGUCCCACCACGCUAUUGGUUGACUUUUUGCGCCGGCGCAUGGGGCUUGCUUACGCUUGGAAUUUACCGAGUUAGCUCGUACCAGCAAGUUUGUGUGAUCAGAUUCUUUCAGGCAGUUUUUGAGAGUUCUACCUUCUCAGGGACCCAUUUGAUUUUGGGUUCAUGGUAUAAAGAGGAAGAGAUUAAUACCAGAAGUGCUACAUUCACCAGCAGUGGACUCAUUGGAUCCAUUUUUUCUGGGUUUAUGCAAAGUGCCAUUUACAGUAAUAUGGAUGGUAAAAGCGGACUAGAGGGCUGGAGAUGGCUAUUUAUCAUUGACUUCAUUAUCACAGUCCCCAUCGUCAUUUAUGGAUUUCUAUGUUUUCCAGGUUCUCCUGAUAAGAUAAAAUCGAGUUGGGUAUUUUCUGAAGAAGAAUUGAAACUGGCAAAGGAACGUUUGCCACCUCGUACGGAGACCAGGUUGGACUGGAGCGUUUUUAAGCGGGUUAUUGGUAGAUGGCAUUGGUGGCUAUUCAGUUUGUUAUGGGUAGUGGGCGGUGAAAACGAAUCCUUUGGAUCUAACUCUCUAUUUGCCUUAUGGUUGACCUCUAAAAAAUACGCCGUAGUGCAAAGAAACCACUAUCCAAUGGGAAUCUUCGCUGUGGGUAUAGCUGCAACAUACACGUGUGCUUUGUAUGUGGAUCACACGGGGGGCAGAAAUCAUUGGCACAUUGCAAUCUUGAUAGCUGUGGCCAUGAUUGUAGCGUCUGUAAUGGUUUUGGCGAGUCCACUCAAAACUGGAGUUAUGUUUGCAGCUCAGUAUAUCUCAGGAAUAUCGUUUGCAGGUCAGGCGAUCUUUUUUGCUUGGGCUAAUUUAGUGUGUCGAACGGACCUUCAAGAAAGAGCCGUUGUCUUGGCCUCCAUGAAUAUGUUUUCUGGUGCUGUCAAUGCCUGGUGGUCGUUGUUGUUUUAUUCGGCUGAAACUGUUCCUAAGUUCAGGAAAGGUUGUUACGCAAUGAUAGGCACGACUACCGCGUCUGCUUUGGUGGCCAUUCUUAUCCGCUACUUGCAAACCAAAGAAAUUAAAAAGGUUUCCGACACCCGCGGUGAGAUUGAUUACGUUGAUAAGACCUACCUUGUUCGUGACGGAGGCAUUGACAAAGAAUCUGGUAUCAAAAUUGAAACGAGAAGUAGUGGGUACUCUCCAUAG